AUGUUACAAGAAUGGCUUCGUUUGGACAAAAAUCCAUCAACGAGAGCAGAAAUAGAAAAAUUAUAUGGUGAAAGGAACAUUGAAGAAUUAGGAAAACGACUCCUUAAUAGGAUCUCUUUUGGUACAGCAGGUCUUAGAUCAAAGAUGGAAGCAGGAUUUUCUAGAAUGAAUGAUUUAACAGUGAUUCAGGCUUCUCAAGUGCUUAUCUAUUUAUUUCAUGAUUUUUGGGAAAAAUUUUAA